CCUGCGCAUGCGCCUUAGCUGUCACGACUCGAACGUUUCUGCGUGCGGCUGGUGCAGGUGGAAACAUGGCGAUGAGGGCGCUCAGGGGGAUGGUGAACGGGGCCAUGACCGAGUUGUCAUCGGCCGUCAGCGGGAGCAGACCGACAGCCGCCGAUCCGGUCCUCUCGGCUGCCUCCAGGGAGCAUGCGAUGGCUGUGAGCCGGGACUACAUCUCACAACCCCGCCUGACCUAUAAAACGGUAUCUGGAGUCAACGGUCCCCUGGUCAUUUUGGAUCAAGUCAAGUUUCCUAAGUACGCAGAGAUUGUCCACCUGACCCUGCCUGAUGGUACCAAGAGGAGUGGCCAGGUGCUGGAGGUUACUGGGUCCAAAGCUGUGGUGCAGGUGUUUGAGGGCACAUCAGGCAUCGAUGCAAAGAAGACCAGCUGUGAAUUUACAGGAGACAUCUUACGAACACCUGUUUCUGAGGACAUGCUGGGGCGCGUGUUUAACGGCUCUGGCAAACCCAUUGACAGAGGACCAGCAGUGCUGGCAGAGGACUUCCUGGACAUAAUGGGCCAGCCCAUAAACCCUCAGUGCCGCAUCUAUCCUGAAGAGAUGAUCCAGACUGGCAUAUCCGCCAUUGAUGGCAUGAACAGCAUUGCUAGGGGGCAGAAAAUCCCCAUCUUCUCUGCCGCUGGGCUGCCACACAAUGAGAUUGCAGCUCAAAUCUGCCGACAGGCUGGUUUGGUGAAAAAGUCCAAGGACGUGAUGGACUACAGCGAGGAGAACUUUGCUAUUGUUUUUGCUGCUAUGGGGGUAAACAUGGAGACUGCCAGGUUCUUUAAGUCAGAUUUUGAGGAAAAUGGAUCCAUGGACAAUGUCUGUCUGUUCCUCAACUUGGCCAAUGACCCCACCAUUGAGCGAAUCAUCACUCCUCGUUUAGCUCUGACGUCUGCGGAGUACCUGGCCUAUCAGUGUGAGAAGCAUGUCCUUGUCAUCCUGACCGACAUGAGCUCCUAUGCAGAGGCUCUUCGAGAGGUGUCCGCUGCCAGAGAGGAGGUGCCGGGCCGCCGAGGUUUCCCUGGAUACAUGUACACUGACUUAGCUACCAUCUAUGAGAGGGCUGGCAGAGUGGAGGGCCGAAAUGGCUCCAUCACCCAAAUCCCCAUCCUCACCAUGCCUAAUGAUGACAUCACCCACCCCAUUCCUGACCUCACUGGUUACAUCACAGAGGGGCAGAUAUACGUGGAUAGACAGCUUCACAACAGACAGAUCUACCCUCCUAUCAACGUGCUUCCAUCUCUCUCUCGACUGAUGAAGUCUGCUAUCGGGGAGGGAAUGACCCGUAGAGACCACUCUGAUGUUUCCAACCAGCUUUAUGCAUGUUAUGCCAUAGGAAAGGAUGUCCAGGCCAUGAAGGCUGUGGUAGGAGAAGAGGCCCUUACUGCUGAUGACCUGCUAUAUCUGGAGUUCCUCACUAAGUUUGAGAAGAACUUCAUCUCCCAAGGGGCCUAUGAGAACAGAAGUGUGUUUGAGACUCUGGACAUCGGAUGGCAGCUCAUGAGGAUCUUCCCCAAAGAGAUGCUGAAGAGAAUCCCUCAGAGCACCCUGGCUGAGUUCUACCCCCGAGAGUCCAAGCAUUAGUCAACCACACACACUGCUUGCUGUCCUUUCCUCUGGGUGAGGCCUCAUUGUGUGCAUACAGUGUAGUGUUGUGAUGCUGUAACCAUCCUGAUGCUUGCUGCUUUCAUCUGACAUAGACGUCAGUUCCUCCCGGUAUAGACAGACAGAGAAAGAGACUGAAAUGUACAUCGUGAGUUUUUGUUUCCAGAGUAAAUGCAAGGAGUGCAAUAUUUGUCAGGAUAUUGAUGUGGACGUCAUACUUUUAUUCAGCCAAUGAGGGAGAAGGCGAGUGAGUUCAAAACAGGAAUGUCAUUAUUUACAGAAUCACUUCUUUGUCAUUGCAUGAAGAACACUGUUGUUGUUGUUCGUGUGUUUCUACAUGUAUCUUGUGGCAUAAAAAAAUCUUAUUGGAUCCUGUGAAGUCAUUGAAUUAAAAUGGCCACAUCAGAAAACGACACAAAAGGAGCAAAUCCUUUUCCAAUUAUUCUUAAAUUCCCCUUUGUGCGUCUGCUUGGGAUCAUCCAGUAGCUGUCGAUCAGAUGGGUUUACAGCACAACAUCAAUUACUGAUCAGGGGUUUCAGAUGAAGUACAUUUUAUCACAGUAUAAUAUGUUAUGAAAUAUCACUAUAAUAGUUGCAAUGUAGCCACGCGUUCUUAUGCUGUAAAGUGGGAGUUAAAAAUCAAGCCUUUUAUAGCUCUAAGCCUUUGAGCACAGUCUAAAAUCUGACAUCAAAAACAGCAACUAGAACUUGUUCAUCUGUGCCAGCUAUGACAGAUCGCAUGAAGGAAAGCAUGAAAGAUUAUAUACUUAGUAUCACAAAAUAAACAAGCCUAAACUUCCCAAAAGCUUCUGAACAUUUUAGAUUGUUCUAAAAUCUCUACUAAUCUACUAAUGUACUACUCAUUGGCUCUUCAGCCUUCAUGUCUCCAGCAGGCAGGAGGUAGAUGCCAGUAGAGUUACAGCAGAGGCCUAGUUUGUUGUUGACUACUAACUGUGGAAGAAAGGCUACUGCUCUUUGAUCUAUAUGCAAGCAGCUCCAUUAAAUGGUAUCCUAUCCCUGAUUAGAGCCACAGAGAUGAUUAAAUUGAAGCUUAAUAUAUGAUUCCGUUCGCUGUUCAAAUAAAAAGGUUUUCCUGAACUUUUAUCCAAUCAGUGAAUCUCCCUGAAUGGAUCGUCAUCGUCAAGGAAUAAAUGAUAAAUGUAAAAAAAUACUGAAAUGAACUACACUCUGGUUUUUUUCUGUUGGUUAUUUUGGCUUUUGUGACAACUUGUUAAAUAUUCAGUUAUGUUCUCCAGAUCCUUUUGGGUUGUGGAUAAAAGAACACAAAGAGAACUAAGCAAAGGAAUUAAAAAUAUGUUUAAAAUGUCUUCCUGUCUGUCACAAAGACUUUCAUGUAACCGUAUUGUUCAUCAACACAGUGGAUUUAGGAUCUGUUUGAACGCAAACUUCUUUAGUGAAGCGAAUCUCUUUGCCUUUCAGAGCACGAGUAGAAUUAAUGUGGAUUGUGUUUGGGUCCCUGUGGGACCUUUGAUUUUAAUGCAUUCUUCUCUCAGCAGCUGCCAUUGAUAAAUAAACUGAUUAGGUUUGAGUUGUUUGGACAACCUGUAGUUUAACUUCAAUGCAGUGUCUUACAGUCUGUUUAUAGAAGAGCUGCUGGUUUGGCGACUAAGUUUUAGUUUUAUCAUCUUUCUCCUUCAGCUCAUCCUGUGGUCGAGUUAUUGUGUUUUUCUGAUGCAGUUGGAACCCAAAAGCCAUGCCUGAGUGUAUCCCUCCAUUAAUACUGCUCCGUCAUUCUGACUGUAUGUAAAAAUAUUUAUUUUUCUCUGUAUUUAUUUAUACCGUAAUUUCAAUAUGCUAAGAUAAAGGUUAAUAUAAAGCUUUAUAUACAUAUUGACAUUAAAUAACUCAUCAAAUCUCAGCUGCCUUGUUUGCCUGAAUGAUUCAUGGCUUUGUCUUUGCUGCACUUUCAUCUGCUGGAGUGAUUGUGACAGACCCUUGUUGCCUGAUGUGAGCUUUAUGUCCUUGUUUGGAGUAAUUGUUGUUCAAGUGGUCCUUUUUAAACCAGACUUGCCUGUAAUGGGAAAGCCAUGACCUUAACUUGGAUCCCUUAAAAAUAUGUUUGUGUUGUUAGAAGGUUGUAUUUCUUCACAUCUUGGUUAUGUUCUGGUGCCAAAAAAAAAGAUGUCUGAGUCAGCGUUGCUGUUCCUGUUCCCUGUGUAGAGAUCCGCUUAAAGUCACACACCUCCCUUCAUCCACCUCUGUAAGCUGUGUUUCCGUUUAGGCACUGUGAGCUUGUUGGCUGGUUCUGUAGAAACUGCAUGCAUUAAUCCUAAAUAUCUCCUGUUGGUGCCUCCAGUAUCAUGUCAAAGUGUAAAAUAAAGGCUGUUGCCUCAUCA